CAAACACAGGCAAUUCCCUACGCACGCAUAUCCCCUCUUUCCUCUUCUCUCUUCCAAAACCCUCCUACCAAAGGCCUAAAGAUAGAAAACCUGGGCAACGGCAUUUUCGAACCCAUUUAAACAUCAUGAAAUUACAGUGGAAAACCUGGGCAACAGCAGUAAACGUCCAUCACCUUAUAUCAGUCGCCUUGGCAGCCGACCAAGGCGGGAAAAGCGAAGGCGGGCCAGAGAGCGGUUCAAAGAGAGGCUCUACCGAGAGACAGAUUGAGAUACGCUCAGAGGAUGAAGGAGAGACAAGGAAAAGGCGGUGAGCCGUCCGUGAACGAGUGUUACACUCAGUGGAAGUCUCUGGUCCCCAUUCUCUACGACUGGCUAGCUAAUCACAACCUUGUGUGGCCAUCUGGCCCAUCUCUCUCCUACAGGUGGGGCCCACAAGUGGAGCAAGCGACGUACAAGAAUCGUCAAUGGCUUUACCUAUCUGAGCAGUUGUGGGGGUUUACGCUCCCAUGGAGUCUAUGAACUACCCUCCAAAGCUCCUAGACAGUUAAAUCCGGAUCUGAUUACGGCCAGUUCUGAUGGAACCGAAGUUUGGUUUAGACGAUGGCUCUGGUUCAAACUUUGAUGCAGCCUUGGUGCUUGCGACCAUGCUCACAUCACAAAUCAAUAAUGUGAACUCCACAGGCGGUCCCCAAGCAGUGAAUUCAAACGGUCAGGCUGGUGAUCAGUCAAAAGGGGCCGAAACACAUGAUGGGUCAAGAGGGGAUAAUUCUGAGCCCCCAUCUGAUCACACCAGAAUUUGGUCUGACCUUUCAGGAAGUGGUAGAAACCAGAUUAUUAAUGAGCAGCAAGAGAUUCUGAGAGUCGGUUCCAUUAACAUUUCUGGAGGUGGAGCUACAACAGGAAAUGUGGUUUCUGGUGCUAACAAGUAGCGUGCUUUUUUUUUUUUUUUGCUUUUUCUUAAACUUUGACCAUUUACUUAUAAUCUGCAAUUUCCUUAAUGGGGGGUGGCACAGAUAAGCUGAUCUUACAUGUUAGAUCUUUUGAAUUUUAAAACACUGUUCCUGGCUCCGGAUCUGUUAUCUAGAAGGCGAUUUUGUAACAAAACCCAUAAGAUAGCCUUUUCCAUCAAGGUACAUAAUCAAGUGAGGUAGUGGUAACGAGUCUUUAGAUCUAAAAAGCUGUUAUGUCAUUUCUCACAAUGUGGAAUGUGAACGGGAGAUACUUCUAAUUUUAAGGGGUUAUAGUUUUCAAAUAAUAUCUCUUCAUUCUAAACUUCAACUAACUACCGCAGACAUUUACAAAAAGCAUUUAAAAGUGAUUUUCAGUGUUAUAAGAGCGUAUGCAUGACUGUGUUCCGCAAUUACCAUGCAAUUUCUCUAGUUAAAAUGAUAUUCUCUAAGCAUUAUGUAUUUAUGUAGUGUAGAGGAAUGAUCCUGUCAGGCUGGCUUGACACGAUCUGCCAUCCGGCCGUCUCAUUUUGAAGUGGUUCCUCCCUGUGGAAUUUUUGAUGAAAUUUUUUGAGCAUGUUCUUCAUGUAGUGUAGAUUAUGUCCACCAAAUUUCAGCUUAAAAUUCAACCGAGAAGGCAGUUAAAUAAAAUAAUUUAAAAACAUUGUGACGGACUUCCAAUCAAAUUUUAAGUUGAAAUAUUGUGGAGAUAAUCUGCACUUCACGAAGAACAUGCUCACAAAAUUUCAUCAAAAGUUCCACUGGGAACGAGAUUACUCUUUACGUAUAUAGUUUAAAUCACCAGGUUUCAAGAAACAUUUUCUUAACUAAAUACCUUAGCUGCAAUAAUGAGGAAACAGAUCACACAAAGGAGACACAAGGCAGGACAGAAAGUACGCGUCAUGCUUCUCAAUACCAUCCAAACAACUGGAUAGAUGCGUGUGAAGAAGAUGAUGAAGAUGAAGAUGAUCCAGAGUUUGUUGUAGAGGCAACAUUAAGAGCUGUCUUUGCAAGCAUUCUUUUUAAUCUUUAUAUGAACCAGGACUCCAGAGCGUGCACGUCUCCAGAUUUUGAUUAUAAAGGCCUUUGAUGACGAUGACUCGGGUUGGGUGUUUGUGUUAUUUGUAUGUCUAUGCUCAAGGCUUGGUGAUUAUGAUUUUUUUAACUAACUAGUAAAUGAUAGACAAAGUUGGUUGUUUGAUCUGUCUUGAGUCUUGACUUCUAGAAUAACAACUAUCAACUCCACUAAAGAACAAUUGGGCCUCUUAAAAUUUCUGCGAUGGCUUGCAGGCUCGGAUGCAUUUGACUCCACAUCAACAAAGUUCAACCCUUGCUCUCGUAGCCAGUUAAGAGCAUUCCUAAUACCAACUCAUUCGUGCUAACAUUUAAAUACUACAGAUAUUUAUUAUAAAACAUUAGUCUUCAAACUAAGUCUCAAGCAAUGGUGGAGCUAGAAAAACGAUUUAGGAAAGAUCAAAACUCAAUCUAUAUACAGAACGAAAAUGGUGGAUCAUUUGUAAACAACAUUCGAGUUGAAUAUUUCAG